CGGCCCCUCUGGACACGCUAUAUAAAGACUGCCUUUCUCUCUGAAUCUUGCACUGCAUCCAGGCCCUGACAAUAACACCAUCUUAUCAGCCCGAAGCCAUCAAAAGUAAACAUGCAGUUUGCCGAUGCUAAGUUCAACAGAAGCUCGCUUUUGAUGGCCCUGAGGCGCUACAGCUCAGCCGUCCACAACAUGGAACAGACAAUCCUGCUUCCAAGCCUCCUGAGAGAUGUGCCGUACGACGACAACGACGACGCUCUCGAUUGUGAGGCCGCCGAGAAUAACAAGGAUCUGUACGAGUGCUACCUUCAGCUUAAAGCCAUCAAGAUCACGGUGGAGAGCGGGCUUGUGCCCUACGACGACGCCAAGGGCAAGAGUCACGCAGUCCUGUAUAAAAGCCUGGAGCCACUGCUGGAGGCCGAUCCAGAGGCGCUGUUCCAGUUCCAUCUCAGAGGCCUGUUUGCAGUCAUGGCCACCCUGACAAAGAAGUCUCAGAGCUUGACGAAGAAAUAUCUGGACAUUAUCGGGGUCAGCCGUUAAGAUUCAGCACAUCCGGAGGAUAUCAUCUUAAGGACAGAAGCAUGUAGCUGGGAAGCUGUUUACAGUUUAGUCGCUUUCUAAAUGUGACAUGCAAUAAAAAUGAUUCAAAUUGAA